GCGGGCCGCGGCGACUCUCGAGGGCUUGUUCCGCAGUGUCGCCCAACCCCAGCAGGCUCUGGCGUAUUCUCCGCAGCUUUUGGCGUCCCAGCAGUACCAGCCGGCGCACUCGCAGCCCGUGCGGUUACCCCUUCCUCAGGCGCCGGCGCCGGCGUUCCCUCCCCGCAGUGUGGCAGCGCUCCCGCUCCUCGACAGCCCGCACCUCUUGGCGUCCCUUCCCUCCGCACCACCUCCGCCGGUCCUUCCCUCGGCCGGUCCCUUCGAUCCGCGUCGGUUGGACGUGCGGUCCGCGGAGACACUGCAGCCCUGGCAGCCGACGCCCCCGGAUGUGUCGGUGGUAGGAUGGUCCCGUGGCCCACCGCCGUUGGAGGCACCAGUAUCGUUCGGCGGGCGGGCGACAGCGCCCUUUGUCCCCCCCCGCCGUUCGCUGGCGUCACCGACUGGAGUUGAGGGGGGGGCAGAAGCAGCGGAGAUGGGGGGAGCGGAAUCCACGGGCGAGGACUCGCCUCCUGGGGACCAGGGGUGGCGUCGCUCGGGUGGGCUGCGGAUGCCGCAGAGGGCGCAGCUGGAGCGCCUGCGGGGGAGGGGGCGGCUGGCGGAGACUGCGAUCCCAGUCGCCACGCUUCGUCGGCUCUGGCACGCGCAGAGGGCGAUGGGGUAUGCUGUGGAGAUGCUGACGGACUCACACUCCGUUCUACGGAGCUCAGUGAGCCCGUGCAAGAUGCCUCACGAUCCGCUCCAUCGCUGCGCGAUGGCUGCAGCGGAUCUGGCGGUCGUGUCCACGCGAGUGCAGCCUGCGCCCGCCUCGGGAACCGUGUUGGACCCGCGCCUGCUCGCCGUGAUGCGGACAGUAUCGGCGAGCGUAGACUCGGCUGCAGCUGUAGACAUCGUUGGCGGUGCCGUGUCAGCGCUGAUGCUCCUGGGGGACUAUGUGAGGGCCCUGCUUGAGGAGGCUGGAGCGGACGAAGCCGCAUGAUGGGCUGCCGUCGUGUGUAGGUUCUGGUUGGUGAAGUGCGCUCUAGCGUGAGCGCUCUGGUAAGCUCUGUCAGGCUCUCCAUGCUUGUUUGCCGUGUGUAGUGUUGGCGGGUUGUAGACCCCGGAUGUGUGUAUUUGAUGUUGUCGUAGUUGACUCCGAAGCCUUGUGUCCUUGCCGCCCCUCACGCGCGGCCGAAGGCCGCGCUGCGAGCGUCGGCGGCCGAAGGCCGCCGACGCGAGCCGCCACCAAGGGUUGGAGAAAAGAAAGAAAGAACUGGAAACUAAACUGGAAGAAUGAGCUAGGGAGAGAGCUUAAAUAGCUAGGGAGGGACUCAUGCUCUCUCUCUCUCUCUCUCGCUCUCUCUCUCCUCUCUCCCGCCACCAAGGGUUGGAGAAAAGAAAGAAAGAACUGGAAACUAAACUGGAAGAAUGAGCUAGGGAGAGAGCUUAAAUAGCUAGGGAGGGACUCAUGCUCUCUCUCUCUCUCUCUCUCGCUCUCUCUCUCCUCUCUCCCGCCACCAAGGGUUGGAGAAAAGAAAGAAAGAACUGGAAACUAAACUGGAAGAAUGAGCUAGGGAGAGAGCUUAAAUAGCUAGGGAGGGACUCAUGCUCUCUCUCUCUCUCUCUCGCUCUCUCUCUCCUCUCUCCCGCCACCAAGGGUUGGAGAAAAGAAAGAAAGAACUGGAAACUAAACUGGAAGAAUGAGCUAGGGAGAGAGCUUAAAUAGCUAGGGAGGGACUCAUGCUCUCUCUCUCUCUCUCUCGCUCUCUCUCUCCUCUCUCCCGCCACCAAGGGUUGGAGAAAAGAAAGAAAGAACUGGAAACUAAACUGGAAGAAUGAGCUAGGGAGAGAGCUUAAAUAGCUAGGGAGGGACUCAUGCUCUCUCUCUCUCUCUCUCGCUCUCUCUCUCCUCUCUCCCGCCACCAAGGGUUGGAGAAAAGAAAGAAAGAACUGGAAACUAAACUGGAAGAAUGAGCUAGGGAGAGAGCUUAAAUAGCUAGGGAGGGACUCAUGCUCUCUCUCUCUCUCUCUCGCUCUCUCUCUCCUCUCUCCCGCCACCAAGGGUUGGAGAAAAGAAAGAAAGAACUGGAAACUAAACUGGAAGAAUGAGCUAGGGAGAGAGCUUAAAUAGCUAGGGAGGGACUCAUGCUCUCUCUCUCUCUCUCUCGCUCUCUCUCUCCUCUCUCCCGCCACCAAGGGUUGGAGAAAAGAAAGAAAGAACUGGAAACUAAACUGGAAGAAUGAGCUAGGGAGAGAGCUUAAAUAGCUAGGGAGGGACUCAUGCUCUCUCUCUCUCUCUCUCGCUCUCUCUCUCCUCUCUCCCGCCACCAAGGGUUGGAGAAAAGAAAGAAAGAACUGGAAACUAA